AUGUGUGUGUGCUCUCCUCCUCCCCCUCCUCCUCCUCCUGUAUGUGUGUGUGCUCUCCUCCUCCUCCCCCUGCAUGUGUGUGUGCUCUCCUCCUCUCCUCCUCCUCCCCCUGCAUGUGUGUGCUCUCCUCCUCCCCUCCUCCUCCCCCUGCAUGUGUGUGUGCUCUCCUCCUCUCCUCCUCCUCCCCCUGCAUGUGUGUGUGCUCUCCUCCUCUCCUCCUCCUCCCCCUGCAUGUGUGUGUGCUCUCCUCCUCUCCUCCUCCUCCCCCUGCAUGUGUGUGCUCUCCUCCUCCCCCUCCUCCUCCCCCUGCAUGUGUGUGCUCUCCUCCUCCCCUCCUCCUCCCCCUGCAUGUGUGUGCUCUCCUCCUCUCCUCCUCCUCCCCCUGCAUGUGUGUGCUCUCCUCCUCUCCUCCUCCUCCCCCUGCAUGUGUGUGUGCUCUCCUCCUCUCCUCCUCCUCCCCCUGCAUGUCUGUGUGCUCUCCUCCUCUCCUCCUCCUCCCCCUGCAUGUGUGUGCUCUCCUCCUCUCCUCCUCCUCCCCCUGCAUGUGUGUGUGCUCUCCUCCUCUCCUCCUCCUCCCCCUGCAUGUGUGUGUGCUCUCCUCCUCUCCUCCUCCUCCCCCUGCAUGUGUGUGCUCUCCUCCUCUCCUCCUCCUCCCCCUGCAUGUGUGUGCUCUCCUCCUCUCCUCCUCCUCCCCCUGCAUGUGUGUGCUCUCCUCCUCCCCUCCUCCUCCCCCUGCAUGUGUGUGCUCUCCUCCUCUCCUCCUCCUCCCCCUGCAUGUGUGUGCUCUCCUCCUCUCCUCCUCCUCCCCCUGCAUGUGUGUGUGCUCUCCUCCUCUCCUCCUCCUCCCCCCUGCAUGUGUGUGCUCUCCUCCUCUCCUCCUCCUCCCCCUGCAUGUGUGUGCUCUCCUCCUCUCCUCCUCCUCCCCCUGCAUGUGUGUGUGCUCUCCUCCUCUCCUCCUCCUCCCCCUGCAUGUGUGUGUGCUCUCCUCCUCCUCCCCCUGCAUGUGUGUGCUCUCCUCCUCUCCUCCUCCUCCCCCUGCAUGUGUGUGCUCUCCUCCUCUCCUCCUCCUCCCCCUGCAUGUGUGUGCUCUCCUCCUCCCCUCCUCCUCCCCCUGCAUGUGUGUGCUCUCCUCCUCUCCUCCUCCUCCCCCUGCAUGUGUGUGGUCUCCUCCUCCCCUCCUCCUCCCCCUGCAUGUGUGUGCUCUCCUCCUCCCCUCCUCCUCCCCCUGCAUGUGUGUGCUCUCCUCCUCCCCUCCUCCUCCCCCUGCAUGUGUGUGCUCUCCUCCUCCUCCUCCUCAUCCUCAGGCUGGUGGAGCAGACCUUCACAGCAGACGAGGUGCGUGACCUCCUGGAGGGGCUGCAGGAGGUGGUGCGAGGGGAGGUGGAGACGGAGCUCAUCAACACGGCUCACAACAACGUGCUCCUCCUGCGGCAGCUCUUCACUCAGGCCCAGAAGUUCUACCUGCGCCUCUCCUUCCACAUGUCGGAGCUGGAGGACCGGGAGCUGUUGGAACAAGUGGCAGAAUUUGAGAAGACCGACUUCAAAACGGCCGACAAGUCCAACCAAGAGUCAAACAAACUCAAGUUGGCUCCGCUGAACGAGGGCGGCGUGUCCGAGCUCCUCAACAAGGAGAUUUCCAGACUACAAGAGGAAAACGACAGGAUGAAGGCCAGGUUACGGACCUUAGAGACACAGGCCAUGGGAGCGCUGGACGAGAAGACCAAAGCUGAACGAGCUCUCAGAGACUUCCAGAAGGUUCAGGGAGAGCAAACGUUGUUGGCUCGCUCUCAGGAGGUCAGUUCUCUGGAGGACACUGUGGCCGCUCUGAAAGACGACUUUGAGAAAUCGCUGAGCGCCAACGCCGCCUCCAACAGAGACCUGCAGGAAAACCUGGUCUCUGCUAAACACGACCUGCUGAAGGUCCAGGAGCAGCUCAGUCUGGCAGAGAAGGAGUUGGACAAGAAGUUCCAACAGACUGCGGCUUAUCGCAACAUGAAGGAGAUUCUGACCAAGAAGAACGAGCAGAUCAAGGAGCUCCGGAAACAUCUGCAACGAUAUGAACCUGACGAAUGA